AUGGGGACUUAUAAGGACAAGGGAGGAUCUUUUUGGGAGGAUUUGGGGGACAUAAUAAAAGGUGGCGGACCACGGAUCCUUUUCUUAAUGCUGGGCAGAAGCAUAUUGGUCGGAGUUUCGCUGUUACUGUUGCUGCUGCUGCUGCUCGACCACAGUCCGAGCGAUAGAGAUGAAGGUGGAAUCCACUCCGGAGAAUCGGGUCCUCUUGAGAAUAUUAUCCAAGGGAAGAGGACAGCAGUGUGCCUGGUUGGAGAAGCACGUCACUUGGAGCUCACGGGGCCGAGCAUCCGCAAAUACGUUCUCGAGACUCUGAAGAACAGCAGCGUUUUCAUCAACAUGCCCCUGGACAGCAACUCAUACAAAAUGUUCGUGCUCGAUGGCGGCGGUGGAUCUUACAACUUCACGUCGGCAAACAUCUUCUCGCCGCAAUACAUAUGGGAGACGAAGGUUUCCAGAGAAACAUUGACAGCCAAAAAGUCGCCCCGAGCGCUCCAAGGCCUGCUCCAGUACUUCGCCCUGAACGAAGGGUGCGGGACGAUGAUCCGGCAGCAGGAGGAGCUCCAGGGCUUCAAGUACGACUGGAUCGUCAGGACGCGGCUGGAUACGUUCUGGACGGCACCGAUACCCGUGGAGUACCGAAACUCCACGUACACAGUUCCUCGCGGAACGAGGUACGGUGGCUACAACGAUCGACUGGGUGUUGGGGACAGGAAAACGAGCAGAAUCGCGCUCCAACGUCUCUCCGCGUUGCCGCUCCUCCACUCGGCUGGCUACCGGAGCGAGAACUCAGAGUCGGUCUAUAAAGCACAGCUCAAGCUUGAAAACGUGAAGGUGGCGGAGGACGAGUUUUCUUUCUGCGUGCUAAGCAACCGGAGCUUUCCUUACCCGCCAGGAAGGCACGGAGCGCUCGUAGCCUCGAUCCAAGGCAAGGGGCCACUGAACGGAGCGUACUGUCGGCCGUGUAGGCCGUCCGAAAGCUCCAGCCGGUCCCGGGAGAUGGUGGAGAGGAUGGUCGACGCUUGGAUUCCCACCGAAGCGGCGGAGGUGGAAGUGUGUGACGGAUCUGGGGGCUGGGAAGCGGGGUGGCCGGAAGUGUUUGAUGCCGCGGCCGGGGAGGAGGCGGCCGCAUUGAGGAAGGAGAGCGAUGGCAUCAGCAAGGCCGAGUGCGUUUCAAGGCUAGCGAGAUUCAAGGACCGAUGGAGCUCCUGGAAGGGCCCGAGUACUACGUUGAUCUGCGAAUCAAUGGACCGUUGA